GCUGCUGCGCCGGGUAUUUAUCUGAAGAGUCGUGACUGCCCCGUUUAUACUGCUAGUUAGGUUGUCAGACGCUCCCCGCUGUUCUCUCGCUUCAAGCCUUCGAUAGGUUUCGCUCAGUGUGACUUUUGAGUCGACGUCAGUAAUUCAUUUUAUACAUAUUAAGUUUAUUUUUAUAUCGUGUGAGCAAGAAUGUCGGCCGAAAGUCCCGAAUACUCUCCGUUCUUCGCGGUGAUGGGCGCCUCCGCUGCGAUGGUGUUCAGCGCCCUGGGAGCAGCCUAUGGCACAGCUAAGAGCGGUACAGGGAUCGCCGCCAUGUCAGUGAUGAGGCCGGAGCUCAUCAUGAAGUCCAUCAUCCCAGUGGUCAUGGCGGGUAUCAUAGCCAUCUACGGCCUGGUAGUAGCAGUGCUGAUUGCCAACAACAUCUCAGAGAAGGUCACCCUCUACAAGAGUUUCCUCCAUCUGGGAGCUGGGCUGAGCGUGGGCCUCAGUGGGUUGGCAGCAGGCUUCGCAAUCGGCAUCGUGGGCGACGCGGGCGUGAGGGGAACAGCUCAACAGCCGAGGCUUUUUGUUGGCAUGAUCCUCAUCUUGAUUUUCGCAGAGGUCUUGGGUCUCUACGGGCUCAUCGUUGCCCUCAUUCUGUCCACGAAAUAAACACCCAAACAUCUCCACUACAAGAUCUGUCCUUUAUGUUGCUGCUGGAGAAAAAAAGUGUAAAACGGGGAAAAUAAUGUAAAAAUUCUUCCACUCAAGAUGAAAGAAGUGAAGGCAGGGGAAAAAAAAUGAAUUAAAAUGGCUACAUAAAUAUGGUCUUAUCUCAAACAAUGUGUACAGUUGUCCCAAUUUGAUAGUCAACUUGUAAAUGCGCAAUGUAGUGAUUUGUCUGUCUUGUGUGCGUGUGUUUCAAAAUUGUAUGAUGAAGAUUCCUUUUUUCCCUCCACUUAUUUCAGGCCUUGAGGCCAGCUGAGGCCGCUUAGCCUCUGGUCUUAGAGCACUGACCAAAGGGCCGCACAGCUUUCUCUCCUCCCGUAUCAACCUGGGAGUUGACACUAUUUCUGCAUUAAUCUUGAGGAUCUAUUUGUAAAGAGAAAUGUAUAUGGACUUACGAUUUUCUUCUUUUUUUCUUUUUUUUCACUGAUUUUAUUUAUAAGAAAUUGUUCAUUGAACUGUUUAAUGCAGCAAAGUCUUUAAUUCCCCAGGAUAUAUUAUACAUAUAUACAGACAUAAAUAUCUACAUAGAUAGAUUUAAUGCACUGUGGGUUAAUUGUGAUAAGUGGUUGGAAUUCCUCUGGAUGUAACUCUUGGUUUAAUAAUUAAGAUUGCCUUUAGUAUGUUGCUGGUAAAGUGGGAGUUUUGUGUGUAGCUGUAUUCUAAUCAUUACGCAAACAUUCUCAAACUUCAGUGUUUUUCCUGUAGUACUGCUGUUUGCAUUAAAGGUGUGUGUGCCCCGUGUUGGGUCUCACAAGUGUAAUUUCCAAA